CGCCACAGGAAGUCAGUUUCCUCUUUUGCAGAAAGCUAACGCUACAAUUAUAACGUUCCCCUGCUUCAUACUGACACACUGAAUUUAUUUAUAUUUAUGACAGACUUGAAAAAGCAACGUUUAAGCUUUGUUUGUGAUAGUAUCGAGGCAUUUGUAGCCAGUUAGGGUUACGAUUGUAGCGUUGUGAAAGCAACAAUAAGCUAAGGUAGUAAUUGCAACAACCUUUUUAUUUAUCUAAGUUAUCAACGUUGGUCUGAAGCCUUUUCUCCAAAAUGAUGAACUAUUCUGACUACGACUCUGAUGGAUACUCGUCUAAUGAAGAUGCAGACUACGUCCCAUCAGAUGAUAACCUCAGCGAGGAUGACAUUAAUGAGUGCGAAAAGGAAGACCCUCUGCACGGGGAUGAUGAUGUGCCGCAUCCUGACAAUGUUAGCAAGAAGAAGAGGAAGAAAAAGGACAUCAGUAUGAGAAAGAGGAAGAAAGGAGUACUGAAGGUAGACCAGGAAGAGACGUGUGGAGGCGGAGCGGAGGAGGGACAGCCUCCACAGGAAGAGGUGGCAAAACCCGCUGAGGUACAGAAGGAUGAUGAUGACAGACAGAAGAAGAAAUCAGAUGACCUCUGGGCGAGUUUCCUGUCUGAUGUUGGAUCCAGGCCCAAAGACUCAGCACCCGCCUCACAAUCAAAUACCACACAGAAGGAUGAUUCCUCAGUAUUGAAGGUUGCACCUUUGAGUACAGAAACAAAAGCCUCAGAACCUGCUAAAGUCACCAUCACUAAAGUUUUUGACUUCGCUGGAGAAGAAGUUAGGGUGAAUCAAGAGGUGUCAGCAGACUCCAGAGAAGCUAAGAGUUAUCUGAAGAGCCAGAGCACCAAACCGGAGGAGAAUGGUGACGAAGAGAAGAGGUCAUCGGCCAGCCAAGCGCAUCUUCCUGGCCCCAGCGCCAAGCGGCCGGCUGGCAUGACGAGCCUCCUGAGUCGUAUCGGGGGGAAAAAACCCAAGAUGAGCACACUGGAAAAAUCUAAGAUGGACUGGGACGCUUUUAAAUCAGAGGAGGGCAUCACUGAGGAGCUGGCCAUUCACAACCGAGGCAGAGAGGGGUAUGUGGAGAGGAAGAACUUCUUGGAGCGCGUCGACCACCGGCAGUUUGAGAUAGAAAAAGCUGUGCGACUGAGUAACAUGAAACAGUGAAACUCACAGUACACACACACAGCGUGGAACCGAUGUUUAGACUUCCUGUAUCCAGCUUUCUCUCUCCCUCUAAUGACAGAGUUGCUAUUCCCCCACUAAGAGGAGUUCUGGUGCUGUGGCUUGAGUCUAUAUCAGGAUGGGCAUAUUAAUAGGCAGUGUGUGUGGUGGGGUGGGGUGAGUGUUCCUGUACUUCCAUCCUUUUGAGAACCAAUUUGAGUUUCAAACCUUUACAGUGAGGACAUUUUUGGAAAGUGAGGUUGUUCUUGGUUAUUCUGGUCUAUUUACAACUUUUGUCUUAUUUUUGUAGUUGUGACCAUUAUUUCUAACUGUAAUUAAUAACAUUGUACCUAACAAGUUAAGUGCUGAGAUGUGGGAACACAGUGACAGUCACUGAAAAAAUGUAUCUCAUAAAUACUUUAAUGCAUAUGUUAGGAUCUGGUUAAGGUUGCAUUAAAGGUUCAGGUUGGGUCGGACAGCGGGUAUUUUUUGGCACUGUAAAUUUCCCUUUAAAGUUCACCUUCAGACCCUGCUUCCACAUGGCAAGAACAUGUUAUCUGUGCAGUCAGUCGAUCUCAGCCAGGUGUAAUCUACAUCUAUAGAGGGUGAUCUCAUCCUGAGGAGAAAAAAAUACCCCAAGAAGUUGAAAGGUCACCUAUAACUCCGCCUCUUUCUGCUACCUCAAGCUGCUCAACAAAAAGCUUCAGGUGCUACCUUCCUCGGCAAAAGAAAACUGUUUCAGCGGUGUCAGAUGGUUUGAACUCGAGUCAGGAGAGUUUCAUGUCCAUCAAAGUUUUAGAAAUACUCCAAGCGAUAGUCACCUAAUAUUGCAGAAGGAAUCCUGCCCCACACACUACGUUACGUAGUGCUGAUGGUUAAAGCCCCCAUGUGUAGGUUUUGAACAUUUCUGACUUUAUCAUUUCCUAUUUGUACAAUAAAAUAACACAGGAGUGAAUGAAUGCUGUGAGGUUUGAUAUGUGUCAGAUGUUUGGUUAGAUUCAGACCAUUUUUGACUAUCUUCCAUUCUUUCAGUGUUGAUGUAAUGCCUUUUAAGUUUGAACAUUUUCAUACUUUGUAUCAUGAGACACUGAAACACCAUGCUGACCACUGAAAUGCUGAUAAUGUGUUCAUGCUUUCUGCGGACCCUGUAAUGUGUACUACAGUAGAAGUGUAAUCAGCCAGAUCCAUCAUAUCAGCGGAGGAGCACACUGGUUGGAGCAGAUGUGAUGGCUGAUAUCGGCCUGUCCAUCAGGUGUUGCUUUGUCCUGUUGAGCUGACAGGUGGAGUGUAUGCAUUGUUAGUUUGACUGGAGGUUUGAUACAGUGCCCUGUUUCUUCAUGUAAAAGUUAAACAUCCAAUAAACACAAACGGAUCAUUUUAA